CGUCUUGACAUCAACAGUUACUUGUAUGCAUGCUUUUAUAAAAUUAAGAAUCUUCUUUUCUUUUUUCAAAGCUCUCCUUUUCUCUCUCUUUCGACCUUAUAAUCACUCUUCUGGGUUGCCAUAGAUCUUAAAGAAGAGGAUCAAAGUUGACUUUUUGAGAUCUGGGUUUAGACAAAUACUCUGUCUUUCUUCAUUCUACAGUUUUGUUGUUUCAGCUCACCUCGAAGUUUAAUUAAAGGCAAUGCUAAUUUAAAAAAAAAGAAAGUAUGAAAUAAGAAGUUUCCAUCUUUGUAUGCCUAUCAACUAAAAGAGAGAAGAGAGGUGUGUUUUGGCGUGUGAUUUGGUUUACAAAUGGUCGAGGCGCAAAAGAAUAGUUAUCAAGGGCCGCCACGUCACCACCACACAUCUCUCAAGAAGCCCUUAUGGCUCGUCUUGACAGUUUCAGUGCUCAGCAUGAUUCUCAUCUGCACUCACAUGUCUCCAAAACACAUCAAAACCUCCUCGAAGACUCUCUCCUCUGCGUGGCUACCUGUCCACGUCAGGAAACUCAGUGAUGAGGAGAUAGCAGUUAGAGCUGUGGUCAGAGACAUACUCAAAACGCCUCCCUUCAUAACCCAAAACCCCAAAAUCGCUUUCUUGUUCUUGACUCCGGGGACUUUGCCAUUUGAGAAGCUCUGGGAUAAGUUCUUCACGGGUCAUGAAGGGAAGUUCUCUAUCUACGUCCACCCCUCCAAGGAAAGGCCACUUCAUAUUAGUAGUCACUUUAAUGAUCGUGAAAUCCAUAGUGAUGAGGUCACUUGGGGUAGAAUCUCUAUGGUUGAUGCUGAGAAGAGGUUACUAGUUAGUGCUCUUGAAGAUCCUGAUAACCAACACUUUGUUCUUCUUUCAGAGAGUUGUAUACCAUUGCAUACUUUUGACUACACUUAUAGAUAUUUAAUUCACUCCAACGUCAGCUUCAUUGAGAGUUUUGUGGAUCCUGGUCCUCAUGGAACUGGUAGACACAUGACAUACAUGUUACCUGAGAUUGCUAGGGAAGAUUUUAGAAAAGGUGCUCAGUGGUUCACAAUGAAGCGACAACACGCAGUUAUAGUGAUGGCUGAUAGUCUCUACUACUCAAAAUUCCGCGAGUACUGUGGACCAGGGAUAGAGGAUGACAAGAACUGUAUUGCAGAUGAACAUUACUUGCCAACAUUCUUCAAUAUGAUUGAUCCUAUGGGGAUCUCGAACUGGUCAGUGACUUAUGUUGAUUGGUCUGAAAGAAGGUGGCAUCCAAAGACUCACACAGCAAAUGAUAUUUCACUAGAGUUCAUGGAUAAUGUCACUACUGAAGCGAUGAGUACACACGUCACAAGUGUGGGAGAGGAUGGAGAUGAGCUGCAUUGGCCAUGUAAAUGGAACGGGAUUACACGGCCUUGUUAUCUGUUUGCAAGAAAGUUUCACCCUGAUGCUCUCGACACAUUGCUCAACCUCUUCCCAAACUACACAAGCACAGCUGUCUGAGGGAAGGAUUCUUUGACGCCGAAACAAGCAAUUCUUGAACCAAUUCUUUUGUUCCAUAUAUGGAUCUUAUAGAUACUGUAAAUCUUCUGAAAACCAAAAACUGAAUUGAUUCAUGGAAUUUGAUGUUUCUUGAUGAAACUGAAAGCCGUUUAUACAAAGUUUAUAGCAGA